CGUCGCCGGUGACGCACGCAUCGUCUCUUUAAAGUCCACGCUCUUCCUGUCUCCCGUGAGACGGCGUGCGUUGUCACCAUCCGCGCAUAACAUCGCCGGUGUAAAAAUAAAGCCGGCGACAGACGGCGGUGUCUCGAGUUAAAUUUAAAUGAUAUCGCGGACGUCGUGCCGGUCUCGUCUCGUACGCUCUCCGACAUGAGACUAAGUCGGGGCAUAGUGUGCGAGUGCGCAGGUGUGAGCGCGUGCCCCGACGGCGCUCUCAACGGCACUUGCACCACUCAGCCCGGCGGAUACUGCUUCGUGACAGUCGAGGAAUUAUAUGAUGAAAAUGGCAUUAUGGUACCAGAGCGAACCGCGGGCUGCUUGCCGCCGGACGAGUCUGGCUUCAUGCAGUGCAAAAGUUCACAAGUACCCCAUCAGACUCCAAAAGUAAUAGAAUGCUGCGAAAAAGACCUCUGCAAUCGGCGUCUUCGGCCACAGUUACCGGAGCCACCGCCCGACAUGACGGAUGCUCCAGGUCUACGUCCAACCGCACCCACGAGUCAGACUAUUUUAAUGGCAGCCGCACUAUGCGUCGCGUUGCUCGCCUUCCUCGCUGCGUUCUGGCUGCUGUUUAGGAGACGUCGCAGAGGGUGCAAGAGACCUCCAUCGCCGCCGGCUCCCACACAUCAUGCGGAAAUUUCUUCGGGCUCCGGGUCCGGACUACCUUUGCUCGUGCAGAGGACAGUCGCGAAACAGAUACAAAUGGUAGAGUCCAUAGGGAAAGGCCGCUACGGCGAGGUCUGGCUAGCUCGCUGGCGCGGCGAGAAAGUCGCCGUCAAGGUUUUUUUCACCACGGAGGAGGCUUCCUGGUUCCGAGAGACUGAAAUCUAUCAGACGGUGCUCAUGCGACACGAAAAUAUCCUCGGGUUCAUCGCGGCAGACAUCAAGGGAACCGGCUCGUGGACUCAGAUGCUCCUGAUCACCGACUACCACGAGAACGGAUCGCUGCACGACUACCUCCAGACGGUGGUGCUCGACACGAACUCGUUGAUGACGAUGGCCUACUCCAUAGUCAGCGGCCUGGCUCAUCUGCACAUGGACAUAUUCGGCACGAAAGGAAAACCCGCAAUAGCGCAUCGAGACAUCAAGAGCAAAAACAUCCUCGUGAAGAGGAACGGGCAGUGCGCGAUCGCAGACUUCGGGCUCGCCGUGAGGUACGUGGCCGAGCGGAACGAGGUCGACAUCGCGCCCAACACGCGCGUCGGCACGCGGCGCUACAUGGCGCCCGAGGUGCUCGACGAGAAGCUCGACGUCACCAACUUCGAGGCGUUCAAGAUGGCCGACAUGUACUCGCUCGGGCUCGUGCUGUGGGAGAUGUGCCGGCGGUGCGCCACGGGCGACAAGGCGCAGCACGUGGAGGCGUACGCGCUGCCCUACCACGAGCACGUGCCGCCCGACCCGUCGUUCGAGGACAUGCACGGCGUGGUGGUGGCGCGGCGGGUGCGGCCCGCGCGGCCGGCGCGCUGGCGGGCCGAGCCCGCGCUGGCGGCGGCGGCGGCGCUCAUGGCGGAGUGCUGGCACCACAACCCGCCCGUGCGGCUCACGGCGCUGCGCGUCAAGAAGACGCUCGCCCGCUGCCGCGCCGAGGGCGCCGUCAAGCUCGUGUGAGUCUCAUCGCAGUAUUGUUAAGUUUACUUCUCUCCUACCGGUGAUUUCGUCUCCGCUUCGUGAAAUCUGUCCACCUGCCGGAAUCUCCUCAGUUUUGGUUCGGACCUUAUUUUAAAUUACUGAUUUUUUUGUAACAUUGUUAACUUACGUAUUAUUUAGGGUAAGGAUGGUUUUGUAAAAAAUAAAAAUUGUCUUCCGUUUCGACGAGCGACUCGCUCGAUGGCAGCUCGGGGGGGAAUGGUUGUAUUCGUAAAAUACUCAGAUUUACAAUCUGGUCGAGAUGAAAUACGCGACAUGAAUUGUGAUAUUUCGACAAUAAGAUAAAUGAUUUUAUUUCAAGUUAUCUCGUGUGAAACGUUGGAAUUCGAAAAGAGUUAAGAAAAUGUCUGAAAGCAACAUCGCGUAUUAGUUCGUUUGUACUUAAGGUGAUGAAAAGACUAAGAUUGUGGAAAGUAUUAGCGAAAGACGGUCAAGUGCAGUGUCUUAUGAGAUGCCUUCGAUUAGUAUUAACAUGACGUUUUGUAUUGCGACGCUCUCGGUUUGGAAUUUGAUUUCACUGACACAAGACGCAAAGAUAUCGUGAUAUAAUCACUCUGUAGUAAUAUUUCUUUCAAAACAUGAUUUAUUACUAAAUGCAAUUGAAAAGUAAUAAAAUCACAAGUAUCGUAAUAUAAGUAUAUUUAUAAUAUUUUGUAAAUAAGAAUUAAAUUCACAGAUAAAAAAUGACCGGAACGAAAUUCCAAACCGAGUGUUCGCUAGCAUUUAGUGUGCGUGCGCGCGCCUGUACAGUGUUGUGUAUAUAUAGUGGUAGUUUAGUACCUAAUACAUGUUGCUAAUUAAGUUACAAAUAAAAUAUUAAUGGACAAACAA